CAACUACCGUGUUAAACUGAGAAACUAAGUCUUAUAUAGUGAAGAAAUAAGGAAAGAGAUUAUUCAAGCAACAACUUGUUGGUGGCGUUCUUUGGCUUUUGCUGGUGAAUUGGGAAUUCUGGUAUGGCUUCUGUCUUUCUAUUCGUUUUCUUUGUUCUCUCAUAUCUCCUGCUGCUCAACUCCGCUGAAGAAGCAGUGAAAUACACCCAAAAAUGUCCACCCUUUCACUGUGGACUUCUGGGCAAUAUUCACUUUCCAUUCACCAGUAAGUCAAAGCCAGAAUGCGGUGUUUUCAAAGUAGAUUGUCAAGAUGAUCAUGAUAAGCCUUCAACGAUCCAACUGGAGGACGAUGGAAGAGAAUAUGAAGUUAGAAGCAUCUCUCUGGAUAACACCAUAUUUAUCAAUGACACACAGCUUGGGGAGCACUUCAAAUCCAAAAAAUGCGAAUCCUUGACCAAUUUGACUUCUUCCAGCUAUUCCUUCAUCUCUUUUGAAAUAGCCAAACUCAGUCAGACCUUUUUCAAAUGCAAACGCACUCUCAAUAUUUCUCCCCCUACAGAUUUUAAAAAUAUGAGCUGCAAUGGCUAUAAUAUCUACUAUAGUAAUUCAAGCGAUAGUUUUCCCAGUUCUCCCUCUGGAUGUUCAAUUAUUCAGCUCCCAAAGAAGGAGAGCCCCCGUAAUGGUCCGUUGCCAGAUGAUGAUAACCUGUUUGGACUUUUAAGCGGUGAUUUCGAACUUCGAGUGCGUGUCUCCGAUGAAUGUACAAGAUGUCAUAACAGAGGAGGUCAAUGUAAGGCACGCGACAACGGAAAAUUUGAUUGUGACGGUGCAGAUAAAGAGAACCACGCAAAGCAAUUGGCGAUAGGAUUAGGUGAGACAUCUCUUCAAUCAAAUUUCUUGUUGGAAAAAUGUUACACACUCUCAACAUUUCUCUUCUUGUUGGUAUUUGUUGCCAUGUUCAUAUUCUUUGCCGAUAUUAUUCAUCUGGUGACGACAGACUCUUUAUGUCCAAUAUGCCAGCUUGAAGUGGUAUCAAUGGGGCAUGCUUUGUGGAGCUGCCCAGCAUCACAAGAUGUUUGGUUAGCUUAUAUGAGACGAAUUCAGAAGACAACCAGUGAAGAUGAUGAUUUUCUCAACAUUUUUGAGAAGCUGCUGGGUCGUCUGGAGGAGGAUGAAAUAAACCUGGUAGCGUGUGUUGUCAGGCAAAUAUGGCUGAGGAGGAAUAUGAUGGUGUUUGAAGGUGUCUUUCCUCACCGAUGA